GGAGGGAGCGCUGCGGGGUUUAAACCGGAGCAGGGCCCGGCUCCUCCCGACGUGCUGCGCAGGAACGGCUGGCUGUUGGGCUACGGUGGAUCCAGGUGCCCGACCGGUCGGGGCCUCCGGUGUACCGCUCGUCCCCGCUGCCUGCCCCCGCUCAGGAGGAAGCCAUGGCGCUCCGCGUCACCAGGAACACGAAAAUUAGUGUUGAAAAUAAAGAGAAGAUCACCAUGGCAGGCGCCAAGCGCGUGCCUGUGGCCACGGCGGCCAAGCCAGGCCUGAGGCCCAGAACAGCUCUUGGAGACAUUGGAAACAAAGUCAGUGAGCAGCUGCAGGCCAAAGGGCCUCUCAAGAAGGAAGCCAAAACUUUACCUACUGGAAAAGUCCCUGCUAAGAAACCAGUAAAAGCUUUGGAAAGGGUGGUUGUGCCUGCAUCUGUGCCCAAGCCAGAGCCCGAACCGCAGCCACAGCCCGAGCCCGAGCCCAAGCUGGAACCUGUAAAAGGGGAGAAGCAAUCGCCUGAGCCUAUUCUGGUGGACACGCCCGCCGCCAGCCCGAUGGAGACAUCGGUGUGCGAGCCACCUGCGGAGGAAUACCUAUGUCAGGCUUUCUCCGACGUUAUCCUCGCGGUGAGCGAUGUGGACGCCGAGGACGGAGCUGACCCAAACCUUUGCAGUGAAUACGUGAAAGACAUCUACGCUUACCUGAGACAACUUGAGGCAGAGCAGUCGGUCAAACCAAAAUACCUGCUGGGUCGGGAAGUGACUGGCAACAUGAGGGCCAUCCUGAUUGACUGGCUGGUGCAGGUACAGAUGAAGUUCCGGCUCCUGCAGGAGACCAUGUACAUGACUGUGGCCAUCAUCGAUCGGUUCAUGCAGGACAACUGUGUGCCCAAGAAGAUGCUGCAGCUGGUUGGUGUCACCGCCAUGUUCAUUGCAAGUAAAUAUGAAGAAAUGUACCCUCCAGAAAUCGGCGACUUCGCUUUUGUGACUAACAACACUUACACCAAGCACCAGAUCAGACAGAUGGAAAUGAAGAUCCUCCGAGCUCUGAACUUCGGCCUGGGUCGCCCUCUCCCCCUGCACUUCCUUCGGCGAGCAUCCAAGAUCGCGGAGGUGGAUGUUGAGCAGCACACUUUAGCCAAAUACCUGAUGGAACUGACGAUGCUGGACUACGACAUGGUGCACUUUGCCCCUUCUCAAAUUGCAGCAGGCGCUUUCUGCUUAGCACUGAAGAUUCUCGAUAAUGGCGAAUGGACCCCAACUCUGCAGCACUACCUAUCCUACACUGAAGAGUCUCUUCUCCCAGUCAUGCAGCACCUGGCUAAGAACCUGGUCAUGGUGAACCGCGGGCUCACCAAGCACAUGACCAUCAAGAACAAGUAUGCCACUUCCAAGAAUGCCAAGAUCAGCACUCUAAGCCAGCUGAAUUCUGCACUGGUUCACGACUUAGCCAAGGCCGUGGCAAAGGUGUAAUUUAUAAACCUGAAUUUUGAAGUACUAUACCCACUAAUAAAAUUGGCACCAUGUGCCACCUGUAUAUAUUAUAUACUACGCUCACUUUUAAUAAAGGCUGUGACCCUUUUUAUAGCUUAA